CCACCGCCAUCUAUAUCAUAUAAAAUGAACAAUCAAGAACCCCUUUAACAAUAAAAAUCUCUGUAUAAUUUUCAUUAGAGCAAAACUAUAUAUUAUGAUGGGUAGUUUGGAAGAGGAAAGACUUGUUCAGAUGGUACAAGACUUUAUCGAAUCCGAAUCAUCGUCUUUAUCCGCAUUUCCUCCUCCUUCAUCUUCUAAAUGCGUUUCUACUGAGCACGAUGACUUGUACUUUACUCUACAGAAAAUUGUUGGGCAAGUGACGGAGGCUGAAGCCAAGGUUGUUGAGAGUGUAGAGAAGCAUAUGAAAAACAAAAAAGAAGGUGAAAAAAUUAGUGAUCUAAAAGAAUGGCUUGUUUUAAAGUUGAGAAUUGAUGGUUUUAAUGCUUCUAUUUGUCAAACUUCUUGGCCUGCUUCCUAUCGAUGUCCUGCUGGUGAGUAUGAGUACAUAGAGGUAAGAUGGAAAGAAGAGAAGGGAUCAAAUAAGAGAGUGAUAGUGGACAUAGAGUUCAGGUCACAGUUUGAAGUGGCGAGACCCACACCAUUCUUCAAACAUGUCAUUAAAAUAGUGCCACUAUUUUUUGUUGGCAGUGAGGCAAAACUGAAGAAGCUUCUCUCUUUACUUUGUUGUGCUGCCGAACACUCACUGACGGAGACAGGACUGUAUGUGCCUCCAUGGCGGACCACCGCAUACAUGCACUCCAAAUGGCUCAACACCAAUAACGCUAAUCGUAAUUCUCAGAGUCUCACCGUUUGGAUUCCUCCUCAGCCUAUUCGUAACCAUCAUCGACGGGGUUUUGCUUCUGCUUCUGCCUUGUCCCAUCAGCUCUCUUCCAUGCGUAUUAAUUGUUGCUAAUUUUAUGUUUUUCGUAGGGUCUAAUGGUUUUUUUAA